AUGGCGGCUUCAGCGUCGUAUUGGGCCGACACCUUCUCGAAAUUCAUCGUCAGCUUACCGAGCUGCGCACCCUUCACGACAUUCCUCCAGCUUCAUCGGACCGAGACCAUUGGUCUCAUUUGCAACCCGACGCCUUUGAUCCACGAGGAGGACCCUGGGAUCGUACGGCUCCGGUCCCAGUUCAUGCAAGAUAACCUUGAUCAGAUUGCAGAUCAGUUCCUGCGUAGGAUGGUGCAGCCCUGCGAGCGUGGGCGUGCAUGCGGUUUCUCGAGGCAGUUGGAGAGAUUGCUCGGUGGUACCGAUGAUAUCCGCUACCUUGCUCACCGCUCUCAACAACGAUUUCGGUCACCAGCUGGGGAGCCUGGACUUGAAAGCCUCAACACAUCGUGA